AAAUCCUCUCUCCCUCUGGCACGCUUUCACUCUCUCUCUACGCUUCUCUAAUCUCUCUCUCCAAUCUCUUUACUGUACAACGGAAUUCUAACCAGCGAAACCAUUGACGAUGGCUUUGCCGAACCAGCAGACGGUCGAUUACCCGAGCUUCAAACUCGUCAUCGUUGGUGACGGUGGCACAGGGAAAACAACUUUUGUGAAGAGGCAUCUUACUGGGGAGUUCGAGAAGAAGUAUGAACCGACUAUUGGGGUGGAAGUUCAUCCUUUGGACUUUUUUACAAAUUGUGGUAAGAUCCGGUUCUAUUGCUGGGACACCGCAGGGCAGGAGAAAUUUGGCGGACUUAGAGAUGGAUACUACAUCCAUGGACAAUGUGCUAUCGUUAUGUUUGAUGUCACUGCCCGACUGACGUACAAGAAUGUUCCUACAUGGCACCGGGAUCUAUGUCGAGUGUGUGAAAAUAUUCCCAUUGUUCUGUGUGGAAAUAAGGUUGAUGUCAAGAACAGGCAGGUGAAGGCAAAGCAAGUUACAUUUCACAGAAAGAAGAAUCUCCAGUACUAUGAGAUUUCGGCAAAGAGCAACUACAAUUUUGAGAAGCCCUUCCUUUAUCUUGCGAGAAAACUUGCUGGGGAUCCUAACCUCCAUUUUGUUGAGUCUCCUGCUCUUGCACCUCCUGAAGUGCACAUUGACUUGGCAGCACAGCAACAGCACGAGGCAGAGCUUGCUGCGGCAGCUAGUCAGCCUCUUCCCGAUGACGAUGAUGAUGCAUUCGAGUGAAGGGAUUGCGGCACCGAUUGUUAGAGCUGGAGUUUAAAAGAGGCUAAUGGCCUUCCCAGUGUCUGUUUUCCCUUUGUUAUGAAUUGGGUUGGUUCCCAAAUUUUAUCAAAAUAGAUGAAUGCUUUGCUGUGUCAAAUGUUGAGGUUAAUGGUUACUAUUAGUAAGAGGGAACACCGAAGUCGUAGUUGAAAUUUGUAGGUGUUUGUGGGAGAAUUCAUUGUUAGUGGAACGCCCCCAGCUGGUGUUAUUAAAUGAUCGCACAAAAGGUCAAAGAAGAGGAUAGCAUUUCCCAUUAUUUGAUUUUGAGUGGGUUAACAUACAACAUCACAAACAUUAUAUCCUGCUUGUUUUCAGGAAAAAAAAAAAAAGAAAAACAAAAGCCACCUUUGCUUCCAAGGUGAGUAGUCUACUUUAUUCUUCCUUCAAAUAAUGAGGAAAUUGUUACUAUUAUCUA